GUCGGGGAGAGCUGGUGAGCAAGAGUCUGGCCCGAGUUGGCUGGAGCUGUUGCCAUGACAAGCAUUUUCUCAAGAAAGCGCUGCUGUUGAGACUGUUCAAAGCUGGGGUUUGGUUGGGGGGGAGGAAGGCACGAACUUCCUGGGGAACCAUCCCUCCGAAGAGAGCAAGAUCAGAGACUCCCGCCCAGCUCCCCUGCACCCUUUUUCUUCUGGAACCUGAGAGGUCCUUCCUAUUGGAAGGACGGGGGGAAGAGACCCAGCCCACUCCCCGCCGUAGCUGGAAAGGCAAGAGAGCAAAGCCAGCAUCUCUAGCUUGUUUGCCACUCUGGGGAGACCGGUGGGUGGUCACCCACCGUAUCCCCAUCCAUGGAAACCCGGAGGGAGAGUCCCGCUUGGAGAAACCUGGAUCUUUGCUAGAAAGAGAGACCCAGUUGUCAUUGGGAUCCAGGAAGACUUCCUUUUCUUCCUCCUCGUCCUGCUGCCUCUCUACCACCACAGUUGCUGGUUGUUGCUAAGGUUGCUGCCAUGGUAACGUGUACAUCCUGUUUAUACCUCCAUCUGGGCAAGUUGGUCUAAGCUAGGAACCUACCUUCCCUGGACAACCACUUCCAUCACCACCUGAGACCACCAAUCAUCGUUACACAAAGUCCGUCAUCCACUCGGUUCCCCCAUCUUCUUCCCUUUUCGUUGUCAGGCUUCAUACAGAAGAAAGGAUCUAGGCUUGGGAUUGCUACUCUGAAGCUUAUUGCACAAGAUAUAUUUGAUCUAUUUCCUAACUGGGUCCCCAGAGAAACAAGAAGUAGAAAGAAGAAACGCAGGAGAAGCUGAUCAGUUAAAGGGAAACUCCACAUCUUCUCUAGUUGAGGGGCUUGGUAACAGCAGACAAAAUGACGAACCCAUCAGAACAAACCUUGCAGGCCAACUCGAUCCGCGAAGGGGACUUCAGCUGCACAGUAAUGGAACUAAGAAAGCUCAUGGAGCUGCGUUCACGCGAUGCACUGACCCAGAUUAAUGCCCACUAUGGAGGAGUACAUAACCUCUGCAGUAGACUGAAAACCUCCCCUGUGGAAGGUCUAUCUGGAAACCCUGUGGAUCUGGAGAGGCGGAGGCAGUUGUUUGGACAGAAUGUGAUACCCCCCAAAAAGCCCAAGACCUUCUUAGAAUUAGUGUGGGAAGCCCUUCAAGAUGUUACGCUCAUCAUCCUGGAGAUCGCAGCCAUCAUCUCCCUGGUCCUGUCCUUUUAUCGCCCCGCUGGUGAAGACAGUGAACAGUGUGGUCAAGUUGCAAGUAGCCCAGAAGAUGAACAAGAGGCAGAAGCUGGCUGGAUUGAAGGGGCGGCCAUCCUGUUCUCAGUGAUCGUCGUGGUGUUAGUGACUGCCUUUAAUGAUUGGAGCAAAGAGAAGCAAUUUCGGGGGCUGCAGAGCCGCAUUGAACAGGAGCAAAAAUUCUCCAUUAUCCGAAAUGGUCACCUCAUCCAGCUUCCUGUGGCUGAGAUUGUGGUGGGUGAUAUCGCCCAAAUCAAAUAUGGUGACCUGCUGCCUGCAGAUGGGAUCCUGAUCCAGGGGAAUGACCUGAAGAUUGACGAAAGCUCUCUGACAGGAGAAUCAGACCAUGUCAAGAAGUCCCUGGAAAGUGACCCCAUGUUGCUCUCAGGGACCCAUGUCAUGGAAGGUUCUGGCCGGAUGGUAGUGACUGCUGUGGGUAUCAACUCCCAGACUGGAAUCAUCUUUACCCUCUUGGGGGCCAAUGAGGGUGAGGAAGAGGAGAAGAAGAAGAAAGGUAAAAAACAAGGAGUCUCUGAAAAUCGCAACAAAGCAAAGACCCAGGAUGGAGUGGCCCUGGAAAUCCAGCCACUCAACAGCCAAGAGGGAAUCGACAGCGAGGAGAAGGAAAAGAAGGUGUCCAAGGUGCCUAAAAAGGAGAAGUCGGUGCUGCAGGGCAAGCUGACUCGCCUGGCUGUUCAGAUUGGGAAAGCUGGUCUGAUCAUGUCUACAAUCACAGUUUUCAUUCUGAUUAUAUACUUUGUGAUUGACACCUUCGUGAUACAAGGCAGAACGUGGCUGUCUGAGUGCACUCCCAUCUACAUCCAGUACCUGGUCAAGUUCUUCAUCAUUGGUGUCACUGUACUGGUGGUGGCUGUGCCAGAGGGGCUGCCACUGGCUGUCACCAUCUCACUGGCCUAUUCUGUGAAGAAAAUGAUGAAAGACAAUAACCUGGUACGACACUUGGAUGCUUGUGAGACAAUGGGCAAUGCCACAGCCAUUUGCUCUGAUAAGACAGGCACGUUGACCAUGAACCGCAUGACUGUGGUACAAGCAUAUAUUGGGGGCACCCAUUACCGUCAGAUCCCAAGCCCUGAUAUCUUCCUGCCCAGGGUCCUGGAGUUGAUUGUCAAUGGCAUUUCUAUCAACAGUGCCUAUACCUCCAAGAUUCUGCCUCCAGAGAAGGAGGGAGGCCUGCCAAGGCAGGUGGGCAACAAGACCGAAUGUGCUCUGCUGGGCUUUGUCACGGAUCUGAAGCAGGAUUACCAGGCAGUGCGUAAUGAGGUGCCCGAGGAGAAGUUCUACAAAGUGUACACCUUCAACUCCGUGCGCAAGUCAAUGAGCACAGUCAUCAGGAGCCCCAGUGGGGGCUUCCGAAUGUUCAGCAAGGGCGCCUCUGAGAUCAUUUUGCGCAAGUGUAACCGGAUCCUGGACCAGAAAGGGGAAGCAAUACCAUUCAAGAGUAAAGACCGAGAUGAUAUGGUACGUACUGUCAUUGAGCCCAUGGCCUGUGAGGGACUCCGGACUAUCUGCCUAGCUUACCGGGAUUUUGAGGAUGGAGAGCCCUCCUGGGACAACGAGAAUGAAAUCCUCACUGAACUGACCUGUAUCGCAGUGGUGGGCAUCGAAGACCCUGUGCGCCCAGAGGUGCCGGAAGCUAUUGCCAAAUGCAAGCGAGCUGGCAUUACUGUAAGAAUGGUGACAGGUGACAACAUCAACACAGCCCGGGCCAUUGCCACCAAAUGUGGCAUUCUGACACCUGGGGAUGACUUCCUGUGCUUAGAAGGCAAAGAAUUCAACCGACUCAUCCGCAAUGAGAAAGGCGAGGUAGAGCAAGAACAGCUGGACAAGAUCUGGCCUAAGCUUCGGGUCCUGGCACGAUCAUCCCCUACUGACAAGCACACACUGGUAAAAGGGAUCAUUGACAGCACUGUUGGGGAACAACGGCAGGUGGUGGCUGUCACUGGUGAUGGCACAAAUGAUGGGCCUGCUCUGAAGAAAGCAGACGUUGGUUUCGCCAUGGGUAUAGCAGGCACAGAUGUAGCCAAGGAGGCUUCAGACAUCAUCCUGACAGAUGACAACUUCACCAGCAUUGUGAAGGCGGUGAUGUGGGGACGAAAUGUCUAUGACAGCAUCUCCAAGUUCCUGCAGUUUCAGCUCACUGUCAAUGUCGUGGCUGUGAUAGUGGCCUUCACUGGAGCCUGUAUCACUCAGGAUUCCCCAUUGAAAGCUGUGCAGAUGCUGUGGGUUAAUCUAAUCAUGGACACUUUUGCUUCAUUGGCCCUGGCCACAGAGCCCCCUACAGAUUCUCUGUUGAAGCGUCGCCCCUAUGGCCGAAAUAAGCCUCUGAUCUCACGUACUAUGAUGAAGAAUAUCUUGGGCCAUGCGGUCUAUCAGCUUGCUGUCAUCUUUUUCCUUGUCUUUGCUGGUGAGAAAUUCUUUGACAUCGAUAGUGGGAGGAAGGCACCUCUGCAUGCACCACCCAGCCAACACUAUACCAUUGUUUUCAAUACCUUCGUGCUGAUGCAACUUUUCAAUGAAAUCAACUCCCGAAAGAUCCAUGGAGAGAAGAAUGUCUUUGCAGGCAUUUACCACAACCUCAUCUUCUGCACUGUGGUUUUGGGCACAUUCGUCAGCCAGAUUCUCAUUGUGGAAUUUGGGGGUAAACCCUUCAGUUGUACAAAGCUCAACCUGUCGCAGUGGUUGUGGUGUCUCUUCAUUGGGAUUGGAGAACUUCUCUGGGGCCAGAUCAUCUCUGCAAUACCUACCCAAUCCCUGAAGUUCCUGAAGGAGGCUGGGCAUGGCACGGCCAAAGAGGAAAUCACCAAGGAUGCUGAGGGGCUGGAUGAGAUUGACCAUGCAGAGAUGGAGCUGCGCCGAGGCCAGAUCCUCUGGUUCCGAGGCCUGAACCGCAUCCAGACUCAGAUCGACGUAGUUAACACAUUCCAGUCGGGAGCCUCUCUUAAGGGAGUCCUAAGGCGACAGAACAUGAGUCAUCACCUUGAUGUAAAAAUUGUUCCUAGCUCAUCCUAUGUAGCAGUUGCACCAGUCAAAUCUUCCCCCAGCACUGCUGUUGCUGCUGCUGUUUCAUCUCCUACUAUGGGCAAUCAAGGUGGUCAAAGCGUUCCAUAGUUCCCUCCACGAAAGCAUUCAGAAACCCAAAAGCCAAAACUCCAUCCACAACUUCAUGAUCCACCCUGAAUUCGCCAUAGAUGAGGAGUUGCCACGAACACCACUGCUGGAUGAGCAAGAGGAAAAUAAUCUUGACAAGGUUUCUAAGGGGACUGGGGUGCUCCUGUUGGAUGGUGAGGUCACGCUAAAUGCCAACAAAAACAACAACGCGGUGGAUUGCAACCAAGUGCACAUUGUUGCCUCCCACUCGGACAGCCCUCUACACAGCCUGGAGACAUCAGUUUGAAUUUUCACUCUCUGUCUCCCAUCCCUACUUUCUCUAUUUCUUUUAUCAUCCGUUCCAUCUGUAAGACGAUGAUGGAACUUUUUUCAUGGUCAUGUCAGCUGCUCCCAAGUGUGUGUGAACUCCCACCUGACCGUGAAGAGACAAGAACGUGGACCUACAAGGAUUUCAACUUAAGCUUGAGUUGGGGUUUGUAGCAGGACCCAGUCAAACCCCAGGCAAGGUAAUGGCAGAAUCUCUUCCUGCGUAUAUCAGUUGUAUCAUUUUUAAAGAAAUGACAACAAUCCUCUUGGCAUCAUCCCAACCUAAACUCUCCCACUGUGUUCAUGGGUGACAUAUGUCACCAUCUCUGACUUCUGGAUUUUAGUUUAAUUCUGUUGGUCUUUGCUGUUUAUAAACUGAGUUGAGGAUUCAGAGAGAGACAAAUAUCGCCAACUGAAAUUUGCUGAGUAGGGAUGGAAUGUGUAAAAUCAGCCAAUAGUGUGAUUGUUUUUAUAACAAUUUCUCCCGUUUUGAAAACUUACACCUAUAGGCCUCUAGUUCUUUCUGCCCUCCCAGUCAAACCUCCCCCAGGUUCCUUUGGCCUUUUGUAUCCUUGUCUUCCUUUCCUUAGCUCUUUUUUUUUUUUUUUUUUAAUUUUAGUUAUUAAAAAAAUGGAAAGGACAUGGAUAAACUUCGACCAUUCUCCUUUUUGGCCCCCAGAGACCUUUUGAUUUAGUUCUAGAAUCAGACAGGUUUCCUUGCUAACGGGGUCCUUUUGAAACAAUGAAGAGCUGGCAAGGAUGUUUCUCUUGCUGCCUGGUUACGUUCUGCUUUUAAACUGCCAUCUUGUCAGGUGUGGGUGAUGUUUAAGUGCCAGGGAGAUCGGCCGUGGCCAUGAAGAUCACAUAUGUGUGGUAUGUAGUCUUUGCCACAAACUUGAGCUUUCUCCUGUUUCUAAAGUGGUGGCAGAAGAAUGAACUGGGUAUGACCCUGCCUCCUUACCAAACUUGGAUAGUGAGGACCAGAAGCUGGCAAGGCUAGCACAGGACAGAUUGUCAAAGUGGACUCCUGUGGGUCCUCACUGGGGUAACCACUGCUUUCAAAGCCAUCUGCUAAGGCUCUUCCAGGGCAGCACGUGAUUGUGAGAACAGUGUUGAGAAGCCUUGGGAGAGGCUCAAGAACCAUUCUAGCAUGGUCUGAGAAAACCUUCCUUCAGGGACCAGAAAUCUUGAGCUUAGGUUCCUGCGUACCAGCUUUGACAUACUCUUCAGUCUCUAAAUCUACUCUUUGCUGUGCCCCACAACUUGUCCAGUCUCUGGGAAGGUCCCAACCUUUCUCAAAUAUUCUGAUUUUGAAAAUACGCAUUCAAAGUGGGAGGCCCCCCGUGACAUCUUGCUGACUUAAAGGAGCAAAAUAGCCCCCUGAAGAGGCCCCCUUCCUCCUUCCACAUGUCCCACUUGAGCCCCUCUCCAGCCAUGUGCUCCAGCUGCUGCCCAGCAAAGCCCUGUGCCUUCUUCCCUAAACACUGCCCAAAGCAUCCCCUUCCCAACUGCCUCUCAGGAGUUGGGGACUUUGCUAGGACCUUUCUUUAAGUGUUCCUUACUAGGACAAGGUAGCGCCACAUUUGCAGGAGCUCCAUUUUUAUCCCUGCUGAUGUUGACAUAGGGGCUAACUCAUGACUCGGACUCCUGUCUCUCCUCUUUCUAGAGGGACGGGAGUCAAGAGGGGGGCUUGAGGCUCUUCUGAACUGCCAAAUUUCCAUGUGUAAGAGGAAGGUGGCCUGAUCCACUCAACCUUUUCUUCUCAAUCCCUUCUCCCUCCCUCCUUUCACCGGAGCUGUCCAAGGCAGGAAAUGUAAAGAAACAAUACCCCCUACACAUCCCCAUUACUACAUAAUCCAUCAUUGUAGGGAACAGGACAACAAAUUUGAUUUGGGUUUUGUAAAGCUUACGUGCUUCAGCAGUUUUUUCUAUGUCUUACAAAUACUCAUGGUGGGGGGGACACAGCUCACCCAAGGUGUUAGGUGUUCACAUAUAUAUUCAUUAACUACAGAAGAAGAUUUAAUUCUAUCAAAUCUUUUAUUACCUCAGAUCAUUUUGAAAAGCAAGCCAAUACCCAGCUUUGAAGGCUAUUUUGCUAUGCCUGUUCCCAAAAGACUCUCACGGUGCCUGACAGGUUACUCUUGAGGGCUUGUGUGUACUUUUUUAAAGUCAACGGUUUUUUUUUGUGUGUGUGUGUUCUAGUUUCCAUAGUAGGAGAGAAAAUAUAGAAAUAUAUGCAAAAAUUUAUAGUUUUCUUUAGAUCAGAAAUUGAUAUUUUCAAGUCAGCCAUAUGUACUUUGUUUAAAGGAUUUCAAAUAAAGUGCCGUCAUGUAACCCUGUGGAAGGGGGCACAUAACCAGCUGUUUGACAUGACAGGUGACUUAGUAUAUUUGUAACUGGUUUUAAAACCAAUAUGCCAUACUUCCUUUUUCCAAACAGCCAUCUUUAUACUUAGGGGAAAACAAUUUGUUGGGUUCUAGAUUUUUUAAGACAAAUUUUGUUGACAUGGAAUUAAGUAAGUUUAAGUGUUUACGUGCAUAUGGUUUUUUUUUUAUAUAGGUUUUUCUCUAUUCAGUUUCAGUGAUCCAACUGGCAGUGAGUAAAUAUGGCAUAAGUUAAUAAUGCUUCUCCCCAAAAUGGUGCUUUGGAUUUGAAAAGGGCCUGCUGGAGAAAGGGAGAACAUAUUAUCCUAGAUUCCUCUCUUGAUAAACCUAGGAAAACAGAGAGUAAACUGUGUAUAGGACAGAAAACUCCCAGCAAGAAGGGACACAGCUGUCAGGGAAUGAAUGUGCACCCCUGUACCCUGUCCCACCCCCACAUGGAAAUGUUAUAGACGUGAUCUAUAACCAGUGAUCAGGAUCAGGGGCCUCGGUUGAAUUUAUGUUUCUUGAAAACUAUCUGGCAGAGUAGUACCAAAGACAUUAAUAUCUCCUGGUCUGUAAAGAUACUCUAAAUUGGAGUUUGCAUUUUUUUAUGGUUUUCAACUUCCUGUUUCUCCUGGAGUUUUCUAUUAGUGAGUUUUUUUGCAAGGAUCUGAUUUGUGACUCCUUCUCUCCCCUGGGAAGAUUUUGUGCAAUAUAUUAGAUAGGGGACAGAACGCUAAAUAGAAAAAGCAAUGGCUGAUUCUAGCCUUGCAUGACCAUCUUGGGGCUAGGUCCUCCCCAUGGGUGUCUUCUGUCCUCCAAAAUGCCUCUCCUAUCCCUAAAGAUGUUAACCGAGAGACCACCUAGAAGUCCCUCUGGACACUUGUGGAUUCUUCAGGGUCUGAGUUUCUUCUUUCCCUUGAGCUUCAGCGGGGAGGGUUUGCGCAGUUAAAUCUAAGUGAUUACCUCACUGCCGAAAAACCAGAGAGGGGUGGCAUACUCACAUGUGCCCAGAAACCUCUAAAUGCAUCCCUUCCUUUCUUUCCCUUGCCUUACAACUGAAGCAGUCCAUGAUACCAUCACAAUAUACACCCCCCCUCACCUUUCAUAUCUAGGGACCACCCUACUGCAUUCGUGAGGGUGGGCACUUAAAACACCUGCUAUGCUUAAGCCAUUCCAUCCUCUUCCUCAAAAUAGACCAGACACCCUUCCACUUAGCUUGGCGCCAGUCCGUUUGCCUUCCCUUCCCUGCUGUUAGGCCUGCUGUUCCCUUUCCUCUCGAUUAGGAGAGAUGGAGGGAGAUGAGCUCCCUGUGACGGAAUUGGCCUUUGGUUCACGUUUUCUCCCCAUAUGUAUAUAUGCCAUAUGUGAAUAUGCCAUAUGUAUGUGCCAACAAAUCUACGUUGUUCUUUUCAGAUCAGCACGCAGAUAGGACUUUUGAGUUUCUUCUUCCUCUCUUCGGUAACUAGUAUAACAAGCACUGGUAUUUUUGUACAAAAAGGAAAAACAAACAAAACAAAAGAUUGACUGUUGCGGUCUGCAUGACAUAAACAAACCAUUGGUGAUAUCAAAGCAAUGUGUACCCCAGUGUGUGUUGCCAUAAUUUGCAAUUCAGCUUAACAGUGCACCCAGAUCUGUAUUUGCAUUCUGAUAUUAUUUAAGCUCUAUGUACAAUGUUUUGCAUGUAUUUAUAUGGUUCUUCGGGAAAAAAUUAUAUAAACUGGCAAAUCUGAAAUUCAAAUGUGUUGUUUCACUGAGACGGAGAGGAGUUUUAAAAGGGAUAAUUUUUUGGAACCAAUAAAGCUUUUUGCUGAUGAACAGAAACCAACACUGCCGUGCACUGAGAAUAAACACCCAUGCCCACUUGUA